GCGCAGGUGCUUUAGCCACUACUUUAUUUCAAGAAAAGAUAAGUUUUGUCGGUUUAUGGUUGGUAGUACUGGUAGGUAAAAGGUUAUUUUGAAAUGUAGGUUAAAUAUGAACGCGUUUUAAGUUUGUUUAUUUGCGAAUUGUGUUUUACUUUUAAAAAGUAAAAAAUGUCGAGUUCCAGUGACUUCGAGGAUGUCCCGCCAAUUUCAAAAUCAUCUGACACAUCUUUACCUAAGAAAGAGGCUUCGAGUCAAUAUUUGACGAUGUUAAAUUCAAACACCAAAUUUAACGAGAUGCUUAAAAAUAAAAUAAAACAAACGGGCGUCUCGCCUCUUUUGAACACGCACGAUUUUAACCCAGUGGCAUCGUCAACCCAAAUUGGCACUCCAGACGAAUUAAAGAGAAAGAGCAUUAAGAAACAGUCGGAUGUCAAAACGAGUCCAAAAAAGAAAGGUCUAAGUUCAAGUGUUGUUGUGAAAAGGGAGCCGGUCAGUUUCGAGAGUGGUGAUGAGAACAUCACAAAGCAGCCCAAGCUGAAAAAAAAGAAAGCGGAUCUGCAAAUGGAGUCCAAACGUAGAAAAGAGGAAGCACAAACAGUGUCACGUCUUACUUCGACUACUCAAAGUAAAAAGUCAGGGGCAGCGAAUGAAUCUGAAUCGAGUGUUGACAGUGAAAGCGAUAGCCACAGCAGUGUACCACCUUCACCUCGAACUAAGCACAGUAAAGAAUCUACUGGGUCAUUAAAUCGAUCAAGGAAACAGAGCUCUUCUGAAUCAAGCGAAGAUGAAGGUAGACCGACGAUAAUGUCAAAAGAACCUGUUUACGGGCAGUCUAAUUCGAAAAUAAACUUUUCUAAAUUCAACAAUAAAACAAAGAGCACGAUAUCCAAUUCAGACAGUGAGCCCGAGAGUUUGCGCCCAUCUUUACCGGUUAAGAGAGAAUUGCAUUCUGAUGUAGAGCACGUUUCGAAAAAGAAAAAACAUAAAGUGACACCAAAACCUAGCUCCUCAGGUUCAAGUGAAGAUCAAGAUCAUGUAUCUGCUAGGCAGAAAAACCAGAAAAAUAAACAAAAAGUACCACCAAAGACUAGUUCCUCCAGUUCAAGCGAAGGCGAAGAUGAUGUACCUGUUAGGGCAAGCAGUAGUGGUACGAGAAGGGAAAGUAUGACUCGCUCGAGUUCGGAUUCUCCAUCACAAAAGAAUGUGUCCAAGGCUAGUAACAGGAAAAAAACCAAACACGGGAAGCGUGCUGUGGUCGAGGAGAAUGGAGACAAAUCUUCUAGUUCCAGCUCGGAAAGUGAAGCCGAAUUGAGGAUUCAGAAAGGUAAAAUUCGUAAACGUCAAGCGGAACGUCUCAGCGAGGACGACGGUGAGAGCAUGCAUCAAACAAAGAAAACUGCGACGUCCCGCUUACGCAAGUUCGAAAAAGAAGACUCACUGGAAACUGUUGCGACAUCUUUCGACGUUCUCAACGACAUUUCAUCAAAAGAAGACGUGUACAUCAUUCAGAUACCGGUUAAGCUGGAUCCUAGGCGAUUAAUCGGCUCGAGUAUCUCCCUAAACGGUUCGGUGCGCUUCAAUAAAAAAUACGACAGCAUCAUCUCGGUCGAAUCGCAAGAUCCGAUUGUCGUUGCUACCAAUAACAACAGCAAAAGCUUGAAAGUUAUCGGACCUGUCGGAACGAUAAAGUUACAACGUCGGCUACGUUACGAAAAGGUCUGUGAGAUACCCGAACUGAUAAACAAGACUGUGGCGUUUCCGAGCAACUUAAAAAGUCGCCAUCCACUUUUCGGAUCGAAUUUUGAUAAGAAAAUUGAUUUAGAUGAACACGUCCAGAUGAAACUGGACUCUCUUUGCGAGCCAAAUGUUAAAAAGAAGAAGAAAAAGAAGAAAUUAGAAAAGGAGCAACAAGAGGAGGAGAUAUUUAAAUUUUUGACUGUGGGAAAUGAAGAGAGCGCGCCCGUUGAAAAGAAAAAGAAGAAAAAGUCAGGUCACGACCUCGAGGAUCAAGAUGAGAGUAUGAGCAAAAAGAGGAAGCACUCAGAGUCGGAAGAUCUUCACAAGAAAAAAAAGAAGAAGAAACACAAAGAGGACAGUAAUGAUACUUUAAUUCAAGAAAUGUUGUCUUCAAAAAUUGCCACAUUAGAUGUGACCAAAAAGAAGAAGAAGAAAAAGAAGGAAGAAUGUUGAGUUUUUUUUGUUGUUAUGUAGCCGAUUUUUGUGCUCAAAGAGAUAAUUAUGUCUUUUUUAAUUACAUUUUAAUAAAUUUUAAAAUAUAAUUUUUAUACACCUAA